GAAUAGUAAUGCUUGAACAACUUUCUUGUAUAAAUACGUAAGAUAUUAUCUACCCAUUAAUAAGUUCUUCUCUACAACUCUGCAAUUCUAAGAGCCUAGACGUCAGAUGCAUGAUGGCCAAAGCUAUAAUUUUAAUAGCACUUUUGCUCAUUUGUUGCUUUGAAACUGGAGCAAAAGCUGAAAACUUCAAAUAUAAAGAUCCAACGCAACGGUUAAAUGUUCGAAUCAAAGACCUGCUUGGUCGCAUGACUCUCGAGGAAAAAAUAGGUCAAAUGGUGCAAAUUGAAAGAGUUAAUGCUUCAACUGAGGUUAUGAAAAAGUAUUUCAUAGGGAGUGUAUUGAGCGGUGGAGGUAGUGUUCCAUCAAAACAAGCAUCUGCUCAGGAUUGGAUCAAUAUGGUCAACGAAAUUCAAAAAGGGGCUUUGUCAACUAGGCUUGGAAUUCCAAUGAUAUAUGGAAUUGAUGCUGUACAUGGUCACAACAAUGUCUAUAAUGCCACAAUCUUCCCUCAUAAUAUUGGACUUGGAGCAACAAGGGAUCCUCAACUUUUGAAGAGAAUUGGAGUUGCCAGUGCACGUGAAAUUAGAGCUACUGGAAUUCCUUACGCUUUUGCACCUUGUGUAGCGGUUUGUAGAGAUCCACGAUGGGGUCGAUGCUACGAAAGUUAUGGUGAAGACCCUAAAAUCGUGCAAGAGAUGACUGAAAUUAUACCCGGUUUACAAGGAGAGAUCCCACCUAAUUCUCGCAAGGGUGUUCCUUAUGUCGCUGGAAAAGAAAAUGUGGUAGCUUGUGCAAAACACUAUGUGGGCGACGGUGGAACAACUAAAGGCAUCGACGAGAACAACACAGUAAUAGAUAGGCAUGGCUUACUUAGCAUCCACAUGCCAGGUUACUAUCACUCAAUCAUUAAGGGAGUUGCAACCAUAAUGGUUUCUUAUUCAAGUUGGAAUGGUGAGAAGAUGCAUGCUAACAAAAAUCUUGUUACUGACUUUCUUAAGAACACUCUUCAUUUUCAGGGUUUCGUCAUCUCAGAUUGGGAGGCUAUUGAUAGGAUUACGGAUCCACCGCAUGCUAAUUAUACAUAUUCUAUUUUAGCAAGUAUUACUGCUGGUCUUGACAUGAUAAUGAUACCAUACAACUACCCUGAAUUCAUCGAUGGCCUUACCAAUUUGGUGAAAAGCAAUUAUAUUCCUAUUAGUCGAAUUGAUGAUGCAGUGAAGAGAAUACUACGAGUCAAAUUCGUUAUGGGUUUAUUUGAGAAUCCAAUAGCUGACCUAAGCUUGGUUAAUGAACUUGGUAAACAGGAGCAUAGAGAACUAGCUAGAGAAGCAGUAAGAAAAUCACUAGUGUUACUAAAGAAUGGAAAAUCAGCUGAUAAACCAUUGCUUCCCCUCGAAAAGAAGACACAAAAAAUACUUGUUGCUGGUAGCCAUGCAAAUAACCUUGGAUAUCAAUGUGGUGGUUGGACUAUUGAAUGGCAAGGACUUAGUGGCAACAACCUUACUAGUGGUACAACUGUGCUUGAUGCUAUAAAAGAUACCGUUGAUCCUACAACCGAAGUUAUAUUCAAUGAGAAUCCAGAUAAAAAGUCUCUCCAAUCGGACACAUUUUCUUAUGCCAUUGUUGUAGUGGGAGAACAUCCAUAUGCAGAACUCAAUGGCGAUAGCUUGAAUUUGACAAUCCCCGAUCCUGGUCCAAACACCAUCACAAAUGUUUGUGGAGUUAUAAAAUGUGCAGUUGUAAUAAUCUCAGGGCGACCGGUGGUAAUCCAACCUUACGUUGAUUCAAUAGACGCACUUGUUGCUGCUUGGCUUCCAGGAACUGAAGGCAAAGGCAUUACUGAUGUAUUAUUCGGUGACUAUGGUUUUACUGGCAAGCUUUCACAAACGUGGUUCAAGACUGUUGAUCAAUUGCCAAUGAACUUUGGAAAUCCAAACUAUGAUCCUCUUUUCCCAUUUGGGCAUGGUCUUACUACGCAACCCAUCAAAAGCUAGUUAGUUGAACCUUUUUUCUAUUUUCACGAUUUUGAACCGAUUUAGUUUUUUUAAUAUCUUACAGUUUUAUAAAUAUUCAUAGCAUUUUACUCAUUUGAUCAACGAUAAAGAGAGUAUUAUUUUUUUUCUGCGUGAAGUAUGUUAUGGUAUUAGAGUAGAGAACCUUUUUCACUCCGAUUCUCUAACUUUCUCUUGUUGAAUAUUAAUUAAAUUUGUU